AAGUUAGGCAGUGAACCAAACAAGCCCCUAGUCUUCCCUCCUGCUGGCGGCGUGCGGAGGGCCGGAGGCCGGGUCGACAAGAGGAGAUGACGUUGGCGGCGGGGCUGGGUUACGCCCUGAUCGCGCUGGGCCCCGCCUUCUCCCUCUUCUCCGGCGUCGUCGUCAGGAAGCCCUUCCUCGUCCUCACCCUCCUCUCUAGCACCUUAUUUUGGCUUAUAAGUUUGAUAGUCCUCUCGGGAAUAUGGAGAGGAUUUCUUCCUAUAAAGUCAGGAGCUUGGUGGGCAUAUGUGAUUCUGAUCCUUACAUCUGUCGCAUUGCAAGAAGGCACUCGUCUUGUGUUUUGGAUGCUUUACAAGAAAAUGGAAGAGAUGCUAGAUGCUUUUGCUGAUAGAAUAUCUAAGCCACGUCUUAGAUUGACUGACAAGAUGCUGAUUUCUUUAGCUGGUGGUUUAGGCCAUGGAGUGGCUCAUGCAGUCUUUUUCUGUCUCAGUCUUUUGACUCCAGCGUUUGGUCGAGCCACAUUUUAUACUGAAAGGUGCUCAAAGCUGCCAUUUUUCCUUACGUCAGCCCUUAUUGCACUUGGAUUCUUGGUCAUCCAUACAUUCUCAAUGAUUAUUGCUUUUAAUGCAUAUGACGAGGGAAAGAAAAGUGAUCAAGUCUUUGUUCCAGUAAUUCAUUUGGCUGCUGCUGCGAUGACACUUGUUAACCUCGCCCCAGGAGGCUGUCUCAUUGGUACCCCGCUGUUGUUGGUCAUGGCUGCGCUGACCUUGCAGCACUGCUGGCGAGUGGCAUGCCGGAGAUUAACUGAGCACCGGCAUCAGCAGCAUAACAGCAGCUAGUUGUAGGCUUGCCAUCAUGUAAUUUUCCCAUGUAUGUUUGACUGAAUCUUCUGAUGUACUAUGACAGUAAAAAUCAGGUUCUGAGUCGUGUCGUGUAGUUAGACGAGGGGUUAUUAUAGUUUGACUCGAUGUUUUGCAUAUGCAGUAUGUCCUCCCUUUCCUGGAGCACUUUUAUAUCUAUCUAUCUAUAUAACCAUGAUUGUUAAAAGGUCCAA